GAGAGCAGAUAUAGUGAAUGCAGGGUCCAGGGAGACCAGAUAUAGUGAAUGCAGGGUCCAGGGAGACCAGAUAUAGUGAAUGCAGGGUCCAGGGAGAGCAGAUAUAGUGAAUGCAGGGUCCAGGGAGACCAGAUAUAGUGAAUGCAGGGUCCAGGGAGAGCGGAUAUAGUGAAUGCGGGGUCUGGGGAAACGAGAUAUAGUGAAUGCGGGUCUGGGGAGACCAGAUAUAGUGAAUGCAGGGUCUGGGGAGAUCAGAUAUAGUGAAUGCAGGGUCCGGGAGAGCGGAUAUAGUGAAUGCAGGGGUCCGGGGAGAGCGGAUAUAGUGAAUGCAGGGUCCGGGGAGAGCGGUUAUAGUGAAUGCAGGGUCCAGGGAGACCAGAUAUAGUGAAUGCAGGGUUCGGGGAGACCAGAUAGUGAAUGCAGG